AUGUACGAAAGUCAACAGAAGCCACCAAAGUUAAUGAAAGUUGAAGACUAUAACUGGUGGGAAAACAGAUUUGAGGGUUGGGUAAAAGCUUUCGCUCCUGAAAGCUGGUUAAAAUUGACAAAUGGAUACAUUGAACCAGUGAAAGAGGGAGGAGAAUUAAUCGAUCCAAAAGAUUUCACAGACAUAGACAUAAAAAAUAUUGUGGCUGAAUAUAAGAUGAUCACAUUAAUCAAACAGUCAGUGAGAGAGGAUAUUAUUUCGUUACUUGAACAAGAGAAAACUUCAAAGAGUUUGUGGGAAGCAUUAGGGAAAAAGUGUGUAGGAAGUUACGACUGGAGUCAAGUUUGCCCAGAAAAAGAUGUUGUUGGGUAUGCAUUUGGUGCUGAUGCUGAUCCUGAUAGAUGGUGGAAAGCAGACUAUGCAAGGCAAGCUACUUUCAACACACGAAGGUUAUCUGAUAAAGAGUAUUUGCCUGAUUUGGAGAAGAAGAUAAGAGAGGUUUGUGAAGCAAGUCUUCCGAAGGUGGUAGAGCUGAAAAAGAGAAAAGAAGAAGAAUUGAAGAAGAUGAUUGAAGAAGUAAAAGCUGUUGCGAAGAUUGCUGCUGAAAAGGAUCAGAAAGCUGAAGAAGAACAGAAAGACGGAAAAGAAGAGAAGAAAGAGGAAGUUCAGAAAGCUGAGACAGAAGAAUCGGUGCUGAAAGAGACUGAGGUGCUCAUCGGAACCAAAGACUGUGAGAAUCAAAACAGGAGCAGCCUGGUACUUGGAGAGGAGGAAGAGGUUGCAGGACCCUGGUUUGGUUGA